AUGAUCCCGGACUCGAUCAUCUCGACUUUUGCGGCUCAGCAUCCUCUCGGGAUGCUGGCUAAGAAACAACUGCUACGUCCUGAGGAAUCCCCCCAGUCGGUCUCCCAAAGACGCGACCCGUUCCCUGCUUGGAGUGCGAUCGAUAAUGUGAAGAACAAGGCCGAUGUGAUUGCCCAAGAAGCCGCUCGAGAAUACAAUAUUGCCAGUCACAAGGCACAAGAAAAAGCGGGCAAGAUUGAGCUUUGGACUCCCAAGUACUAUGCCGCCUGCACUUUUGGUGGUAUGCUCGCCUGCGGCCUCACUCACACGGCAGUGACCCCUCUGGAUCUCAUCAAAUGCCGUCGCCAGGUUGACCCUAAGCUCUACAAGAGCAACAUGCAAGCCUUCCACACGAUCCGUGCUGCCGAGGGUUUCCGCGGCGUGUUCACUGGUUGGAGUCCCACUUUCUUUGGUUACAGUGCCCAAGGAGCAUUCAAGUAUGGCGGUUAUGAGUACUUCAAGAAAUUCUACAGUGAUCUCGUCGGACAAGAGCGUGCUGCCGAAUGGAAAACCUCUCUGUACCUGGUCGCCAGUGCCUCCGCCGAGUUCAUCGCCGACGUCGCCCUCUGCCCAUUCGAGUCCGUCAAGGUGCGCAUGCAGACUACCAUUCCUCCUGAUUUCCGAGGUACUUUCAGCGGUAUUUCUUCAGUCGUCGCCAAGGAAGGUGUAUCCGGUCUGUACAAGGGUCUGUACCCACUCUGGGGACGUCAGAUUCCGUACACUAUGAUGAAGUUUGCCUCGUUCGAGACGAUCGUAGAGAUGAUCUACAACAAGCUGCCGGGCCAGAAGUCAGACUAUAACAAGGGUGCCCAGACGGCCGUUGCGUUUACCGCUGGUUACCUGGCCGGUAUUCUCUGCGCGGUGGUGUCGCACCCAUCCGAUGUGAUGGUUAGCAAGCUGAAUGCAAACCGUCAAGCUGGCGAGGCCUUCGGUGCUGCGAUGAGCCGUAUCUAUGCUGAUAUCGGAUUCCGCGGUCUGUGGAAUGGACUGCCCGUUCGUAUUGUGAUGAUUGGUACCUUGACUGGUCUCCAGUGGAUGAUCUACGACUCGUUCAAGAUCUUCAUGGGACUCCCGACCACUGGUGGCGGCCCCAGCAAGGCCAAGAAGAAUUAG